GACAGUUAAUAUAUAACAUACAAACAUGAAAAUUCGAAGGUUUUGUUUAUCGCAGCCACUGCAACCACAACAAACAAUGUUUUUGUUUUCAACUAGGUCAAGGUUUGUUUCUCUUUUCAUUCCCAAAAAGUUUCUUCCUUUUAAUUUCAUUCCCUCCUUUUGCUUCUCAGCUUCAACCCUAUUCCCUCAAUUCAAUAAUCCUCAUCUUGACAAUUCCAUUUCAUUGUUCAAUUCUUUGCUCCGUAAGAAUCCUACCCCACCACCCAUUGAAUUUGGCAAGAUUUUAGGUUCCAUUGUGAAAGCUAAGCAUUACUCAAUUGCUAUUUCCCUUUUUCAACAAAUGGAAAUUAGGGGAAUUAACCCUGACUUUGUAACUUGCAGUCUCUUAAUCAAUUGUUUUUGCCAAUUAGGUCAUAUCACUUUUGCUUUCUCUGUUUUCUCAAAGAUUCUCAAAAGGGGUUAUCACCCAAAUACAAUAACUUUGAAUACACUCAUCAAGGGUUUUUGUCUCAAAGGCGAGGUUCAUAAAGCAUUGCACUUUCAUGACAAGGUGGUAGCACAAGGAUUUCAUUUGAAUCAAGUUAGUUACGGGACUUUGAUCAACGGGUUAUGUAAAGUUGGAGAAACAAGAGCAGCUCUAGAGUUGCUGAGACGAGUUGAUGGGAAAUUGGUUCAACCUAAUGUGGUAAUGUACAGCACGAUUAUUGAUAGUAUGUGCAAAGAUAAACUUGUUUCUGAUGCUUGUGAUUUAUAUUCUGAAAUGGUUGUCAAGAGAAUUUCUUUGUUCCUGAUGUGGUAACUUACAGUUCCCUCAUUGAUGGAUUGUGCAAAUCGGGGAGAAUUACAUAUGCUAUGGAGCUUGUCAUUGAUAUGCAUGAUAGGGGCCUACCACCUAAUAUAUAUACUUACAAUUCUAUAUUGGAUGCUUUAUGCAAAAGCAAUGAUGAUGAUAAGGCAGUUGCAUUAUUGAAAAAAUUUAAAGACUUGGGUAUUCAACCAAAUAUGUGCACGUAUAAUAUUCUUCUCAAUGGAUUGUGUAAAAGUUGACGAAUAAAGGAUUCCCAAAAGAUUUUUGAAGAUCUUUUGGUCAAAGGCUACAAUCUAGAUGUCUAUACAUAUACCAUUAUGAUACAAGGGUUUUGUAACAAGGGCUUGUUGCACGAAGCGUUGGAUUUGUUUUCAAAAAUGAAAGACAAUGGCUGCAUUCCAGAUGCUUUAACUUAUGAAAUAGUUAUUCAUUCCCUCUUU